CCUAUUGUGUCAGUGAGAGCACGCUGUUGUUAACACAAAAACCCCGGACAUAUAUUAAAUACUCGAUGCUUAGACACUGUCAUUUCGUUUUAAAUACUGCAAUCUAAAAUGGUAUGAAACAUGCGGAAAAUGCAGAGGUGCAGCACACCGUACACUUUCCCGUGUGUAGACUGUCGUUUUAUAGACCGUUCGGUUCCUCUUCUCGACAGUCGGAUGCUGUGUCUGGGAGCCCCCACCGUCAACUGAGCACGUAAGGCCGGGGAGAGUAGAAUGGACACGGAAGGAGAGAAUUUGAUACCAAAUCGGGACACAUGUUGAGUUAACGGGCCCACUCCACCACCCUUUCCCUCAUAAGCGUUUCUAGAUUUCUCCUUUCCCAGUUGUAGACUAUUGUGUCGGAAGUUUUGCCAGCGACCCGCUUCGUCUUUGAUCUCACAGCCACCCUGCAUUUUUCUGAGACUAUGGAUCUUAGUAAAAUGGCUGUGAGCAUCAACAAGGCCAUCAACACGCAGGAGGUCGCCGUCAAAGAGAAGCAUGCCAGGACCUGUAUCCUGGGGACGCACCAUGAGAAGGGCGCCCACACCUUCUGGGCGGCGGUCAACCGGCUGCCGCUCUCCAGCAAUGCGGUGCUCUGCUGGAAGUUUUGCCACGUUUUCCACAAGCUGCUGCGAGACGGCCAUCCCAACGUGAUAAAGGACUCGAUGAGGAACAAGGCGGACCUCAGUGACAUGAGCAGAAUGUGGGGUCACCUGAGUGAAGGCUAUGGGAAGUUGUGCAGCAUCUACCUCAAACUGCUUAUCACCAAGAUGGAGUUCCACGUCAAAAAUCCCCGUUUCCCUGGCAACCUUCAGAUGUCAAACAGGCAGCUUGAUGAGGCGGGAGAAAACGACGUCAACAACUUCUUCCAGUUGACAGUGGAGAUGUUGGACUACCUGGAGUGUGAGCUCAACCUCUUCCUGGGUGUGUUCAGCUCCCUGGACAUGUCGCGGUCUGUGUCGGUGACGGCGGCGGGCCAGUGUCGCCUGGCUCCCCUGAUCCAGGUCAUCCUGGACAGCAGCCACCUGUACGACUACACCGUGAAGCUGCUCUUCAAGCUGCACUCCUGCCUUCCUGCUGACACACUCCAGGGCCACAGAGACCGCUUCCAGGAGCAGUUCAAGAAGCUGAAGAGUCUGUUCUACCGCUCCAGUAACCUGCAGUACUUCAAGAGGCUCAUUCAGAUCCCACAGUUACCUGAGAACCCACCUAACUUCCUGCGGGCGUCGGCGUUGUCGGAGCACAUCAGUCCCGUGGUAGUCAUUCCAGCUGAGUCGUCCUCCCCCGAGACGGAACACAUGGUGGACCUGGUGACAGAGGACCUGGUGGAUACCGACAUCCCCGCCCAGCCGGCUGCUGUGGUAGAACCCAGGUUCGACGACCUCUUUGGCACGUCCGCCGCCACGGACCCAUUCAAUUUCAACAGUCAGAACGGGAUGCACAAGGACGACAAGGACCGCCUGAUCGAGCAGCUGACACGGGAGAUCCAGGCCCUCAGGGAGGAACUGGAGUCCUUCAGAUUGGAGAGUGGGCGUCUGCGCCAGGCGCUGCGGGGGCGUGUCGAUGAGUUGGAGGCAGAGCUAGCAGAGCAGAGCCACCUGAGGAUGCAGGCGUUGGGAGAGGGCGAGUUCCUGCGGGCGGAGCUUGACGACCUGCGCCGGGUCAAAGAGGACACGGAGAAAGAGCAGCGAAGCCUCACCGAGAUCGAGAGAAAAGCGGUGGCCAACGAGCAGCGCUACGUCAAGCUGAAGGAGAAGUACACAGAGCUGGUGCAGAGUCACGCUGACCUGCUGAGGAAGAAUGCGGAGGUGACUCGUCAGAUGACGGUGGCGCGGGCGGUUGAGGACGAGAUGGACAGCGUGAGGAGAGAGAUGCAGGAGAAGGUCAAGGCUGCCAAGGAGGCCGCGGAGAGACGGAGGACUUCAAAUGAGCAGGAACAGGUGGAGCAGCUGCAGGAGCUGCAGAGAGAGCUGAUCUCCAGCAGGGCGGCGCUAGACACCCUGAAAAGCACCAUGGCCUCGUCUCAACAGUCGAGUGAGGAGCUCAGUUCUCAGCUCUCGACUGUGGAAUCGGAGAAGGUGGAGCUGGUGGAAUCCUUGUCGAAGAAAGAGGAGGAGCUUGCAGGCCUGGGGGAGGAGCUUGAGCGUGUUCAGAGCAGCCUGGCCAGUGAGAGGGAGAGCGGCGUGAAGACUGCCGAAGCCCUACAGAACCAACUCAAUGAGAAGGAGAGCAGGGAGCAGGCCCUGGAGAGCCAGCUGGUGGCAGCACGCUGGUCCGCCCUACAGGGGACUGUGGAGGAGGCAGAGAGGAUAGUCCAGGACUCACUGGCCCAGCUUGAUGACCCAGCACACAUCAGCUGCACCAGCUCUGCAGACUACCUGGCGUCCAGGUGUCAGGCCUCUCUGGACUGUAUGGACAGACUUCACUCUGCCAGAGACGGCUACCUGGCAGACAACACAGGUGUGUCGGAGCUGGUGCGGGCAGUGACCCAUCUUGCCCACCUGGUGGGGGACACCAUUGUUCAGGGCAGUGCCACCUCUCACAUGGUGCCAGUGGAGCAAGCGGACGCGUUGUCAGACAGUGUGAAGGCAUGUGGGGCCGAGGCCCUGUCCCUGCUGGGUCAGAUGAAGGAGCAGGAAAGCCUGGCAACGGCAGAUGGCGCCAUGCUGAGGGCAGCACUGGAUGGCAUCCUGGCCACCGCAGAGAAACUGCGUCCUCGGGGUCUGGAGCUGCAGCAAGGGGAGCUGGGAGAUCUGGUGGAGCAGGAAAUGGCCGCCACAUCGGCCGCUGUGGAGUCAGCAGCUGCCAGGAUAGAGGACAUGCUCAACAAAUCGCGUGCUGUCGACACAGGGGUGAAGAUGGAGGUCAACGAGAGGAUCCUGGCCUCCUGUACAGACCUGAUGCAGGCCAUCAAAGUGCUCGUGCUGUCUUCCAAAGAUCUGCAAAGGGACAUUGUGGAGAGUGGCAGAGGGGCAGCAUCCAUGAAGGAUUUCUAUGUCAAGAACUCUCGCUGGACGGAAGGCCUGAUCUCAGCCUCCAAAGCCGUGGGCUGGGGCGCCACAGUCAUGGUAGAUGCAGCAGACCUGGUGGUGCAGGGCAAGGGCAAGUAUGAAGAGCUGAUGGUGUGUUCGCAUGAGAUCGCAGCCAGCACUGCACAGCUGGUGGCCGCAUCCAAGGUGAAGGCAGACAAAGAUAACGCCAACCUGGGCCGUCUGAAGCUGGCAUCCAAAGGGGUCACACAGGCCACCGCCGGGGUUGUAGCCUCCACCAAGUCCGGGAAGUCCCAGAUCGAGGAGAAAGACACCAUGGAUUUCUCCAGUAUGACCCUCACUCAGAUCAAGAGGCAGGAGAUGGACUCACAGGUUUCUGUUCUAGAGCUGGAGACAAAGCUGCAGAAGGAGCGAGAGCGUCUAGGGGAGCUAAGGAAGAAGCACUACGAGCUGGCCGGGGUGGCCGAGGGCUGGGGGGAGGAGGACGAAGGUACAGGUUGAGGUCUGCUCCCCACCUCUCCUCCAACCACAAGACUAACUUCUCUCUCGCUCUGUCUCUUGCCCCAUUUAUACACUCUCUUCGGUCUUUCCCUAUAUUUUUUUAUCUUUUAUGAAAGCCAAAUGAAAAAGGUGCUUUUUAAAAAAUUCUCUUGUUUCCAGCUGCUUCUAAUUAGACAUUGAUGAGGAGGGAAAGUGGCGGGAUGGAUUGACUACCUGCCUGGGCCCCUUGAGAAAUACCACACCAGCUGAUGGUUCCUCUCCAACGGUUCACUUUAUCCCAGUCGGAGCACCACUGUGGAGCGACACACCGCGAGCACAAGUUCUUCACAACCAGACAUCCUAGAAUGCAUUGCACAAGGGGCAAUCCCUCAUGAGAGGGAGACUUGACUGAUUGCCACAUAGACCCCACCCCUUGCCCUCCACCUGCCUACCCAUGUCUCAUCAGUGCAACGAAAACAGGCGUGUUUUUCUCCCACUAAACGGUUGUGUUGUUAUUCUAAGUGGUAGAGGUUGUUAACUUGCACCCUGUGUUAGAGGGAGAGCUAACCCCUUCCCUCCCUCACUGCCUCCCCACUUUUCUUUUCUCUUGGAUCCUCUUUUUCCACUCACUGUGAGCUUUUACAUCUCUAGUAGUCCAACCCAAACCCCAUCUAAGCUAUACGCCCACCGGGAUACGGCCUUUUCGCCUCCUGUUUUAAAGACCAUGAUGACUGUUGUUGUUGUUGUUAUUAUUAGAGUUGACUGUUUAGACGCCCAGCUACCCUGUGGAUACCAAAAAGCCCCGGCCCAUUUAAUGGGGUUUAGGUUUGCUAAAGGCACAAGUGUAGCGUGUCUGAGCAGCCAGAGGACUGUUGCUGGAGUUAAAGCUAGAGAUUAAGGUGUGUGUGUGUGUGUGUGUGUGUGUGAAUGUCUGGGGCUGCUUUGAGCCCCUGGUUGUGUUCAUUAGGCACAACACGGAUGAAAAGGUAGUACCUAAACGUGUCCAAUAUGAAACGCUUGUUUCCACUUUCUAAAUGGUAUGCUACGCCGUGGCCUAUUGAACAGGACACUGAUCAUGCUGGACUGUUAAUUGGCUGUGUGGCUCUGGGCUUCUUGGUGUCUAGCGUGGCUGGAAAAAGGACUUCCAUAAGCUGACGUCUGAUAAUUUACUCUUCUCCGAGGCCCCUCCCCUUUUAUUGAUUUGAAAGGAAUGGACUUGUGUAAGAAAUCUGGUGGGAGUGAACAAGUAAUAAGCAGAAAGGCAGGGAAUUAGAACGCGGCCCUACACACCCACACUGCUGGGUUCUUAUCAGCUUCCCCAGACGACGUAGCUGUAAAGCCUAGAAAGGGAAACCGACAACUUCCAUCUGUCUACAGUAGCAAUAACACCUGGGCUGUGUUCAUUAGGCACCAAAUGGAAGAAAACAGACUGAAACAGGGAGGGUAUACCUGGACCUGUGUUAUAUGUUACAUUGUCACAAGAGGGCAGUGUUGCACAGCAGAGCUACCACAUUAGAGACUCUUAUCAUAAAUUCUCCUCGCCUGUCUUGCCAGUGGUCACUACUGCUCUUCAAUCUGGCUUUAUGAAAAGAUAUGGGAAUACCGUAUGUUGUAGUAGGGUUUCAUCCAGUAUUUGUUUUCCUUUCAAAUACUUUAGCUGUGCUUGAUUGAGCUUGCCUGGUGCAAUGGAACCAAUGAAAUAGUCCCAAAUGUGCUUCAAAUCACGCCCAUCGGGAACUCCAGUCAGGAUGGAAACGCAAUGAUAUUCAAGAAGUAUUCAAAAAAAUGUAUGAAUCCUAUUUGGACCCUGAUCUGGUUUAAUCACAGUAUACUGUCUCUGUGUGUGAUGCUCUUUGAGUUUGUCUUCCUGCGUGUCUUAAUGUCCCUUUGAGGUUUUAUUAUCCUGCUCUGCUUUUGGUUGUUUUAUAUAAAAAGUUGUGACACUGGGUAUUUAAUGAUGAUUUAACGUGUACUUCCUGGUUAUUGACCUCUCACCCUUUGGUUUGUGCCUGUAGUCCAACCAGCUCAGCCAGCCUUUCAAACUGCCGCUCACUGUAGUCGAUGAGAAACACACAGUACUCAAUAACAUUUAAAUAAUGUCUUUGUAUGAUAUACUAAAAACUAUGUAUCUGCGUAUAAUUUUUUCCGUUUUUAAAAUUAAAUAUUUCAACUUUAAUAUGACAAGCUUGUUUUUGUUGUUGUUGCUCACUUCAAUGCAGACUGCUCAAGGUAGGCUGCCACCAUUUUUUCUAAGUCCUUGAAAUGUUCAUGAAUAUUUAAUGUUUAAAACCCUUAAGUGAUUAGGAAAAUGUAUCAUUCAAAUGAUUGAGUGACUCGUGGGUUAUUUCCAGAUGACCGAUCCCAUUCCUCUUUUAGGACGUUAUCUCAUCAUGUACUCUUUCUAAGGAUUCUAUGUGAUGUAAUGCACUUGGGGAGAAUUAUUAUGAAACAUUUUAAUCAUAGUGAUUGAUACAGGAGCUGUAGGAUGGAUGUCUGGCUCUGUACUGUUAGGAACGGUCAAGAGUGGAUUGUCUAAUAUUUAAUAAUUGUUUAAUGUAGCAAGAUGAACUAAGUUCCUUCUGUGUGAGUUGUACAGUAAUACUGUUAUAUAAGCGUGAUUAAUUGUGGACGGAACACAUUUGUUUAAUGUCAAGACAAUGAGACUAAAGGUGGGUGGGGGGGCGGGGGUCAAACCAUACCUUUUCAUAUCACUCAAUCGAUUCAGCACAGUUUUGAAUAGUAGGGGUAUAGUAUUUACAUAGUAUUAACAUCCAUCGCAACCAUUGUUACUGCUAUACUAUAGUAUACAGUAUGAACAGUAAGCCUGGAGAAAGAACAUAUCCUCUUUCAAUGUUCAGCUCGAGCCUUUGUGGAAAGUAUUGAUUUGAUUUCUUGCAUGGAAAAACAAAGUUGUGGUCCUUUUAACUGUCUCCCAUUGAUCUGAGAGUAGACUAAUGCACCAAUAUCCUGCUUUCUUUUCCACUCAUUAAAGGCCUGUUUACAAAUA